AUGCCAAUCUCAUCACCCAAACAACCCUUCCUCGUAAUCAUCACAAUCAUUGUCUUCUUCUUACUGGGCCCACGUGCAGUCCCAGUCGUCGCUCGGGAUGCCCACGUCAUCAAUUUCCGGUCAUCGAAUCUCUACCCGGAAUCCCUCGCAUGGGAUCCCCUCAUGCAACACUUCCUCCUCGGAUCCCUCCGACAACGAGUCAUAACCGCCGUCUCGGACUCUGGAAUUGCCGAAACCUACAUCUCCGACACCGACCUUCCUGCAGACGCCUCCAUUCUCGGCCUCGCCGUCGAUACUACGCGCAACCGCCUCCUCGCCGUCGUACACUCGUACCCUCCCCUUCCUCCGUUCAACGCCCUCGCCGCCUACGACCUCCGGUCCCGCCGCCGCCUCUUCCUCAGUCCCCUCCCCUCCGAAGGCAUCGACGCCGCCAACGAUGUCGCUGUCGAUUACAAUGGCAACGCCUUUGUCACCAACUCCGGCGGAAACUUCAUCUGGAAGGUCACCACCGACGGUUCCGCCUCGAUUUUCUCUAAAUCGCCGAAGUACUUGGCGGAGAGAAACAGUCCGUCGGACGACGACGACGACUCACCUCACAAUUACCUAGGGCUGAACGGAAUAGCUUACGUGAGCAAGGGUUACCUCUUAGUGGUGCAAUCGAGCACUGGGAAGGUUUUCAAGGUGGACGCGGAAGACGGGACGGCGAGGAAGGUUUUGUUAAAGGAGGAGCUGAUCGGCGCUGAAGACAUCGCGUUGAGGAGCGACGGGAUGGCGGCAGUUGUGGCGCCGAUGAAGGAGCUGUGGUUGUUGAAGAGCAUGGAUAGUUGGUCGGAGGGAGCGGUGUACGACAAGGCGGAGGUGAAUGUGCAGCGUUUUCCGACAUCGGUGGUGGUGGGAGAUAAAGACAGGGUGUAUGUGUUGUACGGACACGUGGAUGAAGGGAAGAAGGGGGAUUCGGGGAGAGAGAGUUUUGGGAUUGCUGAGUUGCGAUCGAAAAGAGAGAAUGAAGACGAGAGUGUUUGGAUUUUCGUUCUUAUUGGUUUGGGUUUCGUUUAUUUUGUGUUUUGGAAGUACCAGAUGGCUCGCCUUCUCAAGAAGAUGAACAAGCUCAAUUGAAUUUUCUUUUUUCCAGAUUCUUCACUUCAAACCCACAUUUUAUAAUCAAGUCUUCAUUUUUUUCGAACACUUUCUCAUCCUUUCUCUAUACCAAAAUUGCUAUUUUUAUUUUCUCCCAUGUAAGGAGUGAAAAAUUAUGAGAUUAAAUGUAUAUUUAACAAAAUUUGAAACUACAUAUGAUUAGGGCUGAACAUAAUUAG